AUGAAGUCUACUGUUCUUGUCGUCGCUGCCGCCGCCCUCGUAGGUGUCUCUGGCCUCCAGAUCAACACUCCUUCCGAUGUCACCGAGUGUAUACCCACACUAUUCACCUGGUCUGGUGGUGUAUCUCCAUACUACAUCGUGCGUUUCUCACACCAGUCAGGUAAGGAUCCUCAUAUUUUAUUCUAUUCGCCCGCUGAUGCUCUUCUAAGCCUUGAGCCUGGUUCCGACCCUACUGGUGCUCCUCUCCAGGAAUAUGGUCCUCUCACUGGAACCUCUUACACUUGGCCCACUAACAUCACUUCUGGGACUUCCAUCAGUCUCACUAUCAAGGAUAGCACUGGGGCAACCGAAGAGUCUGCGCCCUUCACUGUUGGCGCCGGCAGCAACAGCUGUCUGAAUGCCGCCUCCACCUCUUCGACAAGUUCCUCGUCUGGUUCUUCGUCCGCUACCUCAUCUGGUGCUACUUCGACUACGUCCACCAGCGCGAGUUCAUCAGGUGCUUCCACUACGACUACUACCAGUGGUGCCACCACCACGACCUCUUCUGGAACCACGUCGACUGGGGGCGCCGCCACCACUUCCGCUUCGGGAAAAACCAGCGGUGCUCUCGUCAAUGUCGCUAACUUGGCCUUCGCAGGUGUUGCUGGCGUGGCGGUCGCUGCUUUUUUGGCUUAA